CUCCUAUUUAUUCUAGAGACCUCUUUUAUAAAAUUAUCAAGGCCACGCCCCUUCAUGCUUUUGUAUCUGAAUGAUUUUGGAAACACCCCAUAGGUUACAGCAUGUAAUUCUGGAGACUCUAUGGCAACUUUUAAUGACUCAGGUAGAGCUUAAAAUCAUUCAAGAAACAUCGUCUUGAAGUCUUCUGAGCUACGAUAAAGUUUCGAGCUACAUUUGAUAAUUUGAGAGAAAGUGUCGUUUUGUAAAUCUUAUUAAAAUAGUUUAAAACUCACUUCAUUUGACAAAAUCUUCGAGAGAACAAAUUUGAAAAAUCCGAAGAGCAAAUUCAAUUAUCAGCUGUCGUCAAGUUCAAACAAAGCGUAGCGAAGCUUCUUUACUAACAACUUGUGUUUAGAGUGUACUUUUUAUCUCCUCUUAAUACAAAGGCAGAAUCUUAGUCAAAACAGGUCGGUCUAAAAGGUCAAUAAAGGUUCUUUGAAUUUUGCCCGACUUCACUCCACAAAAGUGAAGCAAAAGUUCAAAUACGAAGAGAAAUUUCAAAAAAUCAUACUUUCCAAAAUUGUCAAAUUAGGUAUAUAAAACUCUGAUUUUUGAUAGGAAACUUCCAAAAACCCGAAUGCAAAGUUUAUGCAAUAAGUUUUGCAUUAUCAUCCCGCCUUUUGUAUAACGAAUGAUGAAAGUCAAACAUCCAAAUCAAGCUCGAGUCUCGAAUGGGAAGAAAGAUUACAAAUUUUGAAGAUAAUUGUUAAUUUGAUCUUCUUUUGUGAAGCAACUUCGCCGGAAAACUUUGUGUUUUACCUUUAUUUAUUUUAACAAAAUAAGUAUAUUUAAUUCUUUUAUCCUUGGAGAAAUUUGCCCUAGAUCCGCCAUACGUUGGAUAGCUUCAUCAGCUUUACCCUGUAAUUCUCCAGAGAGCAGAAAACCCUAAAUGCGAGAGCUCAUAUUGAAUUCGUAAUAUUGGCGUAUUAUCUAUUGUUCUGAGUGAAAACUUAUUAAAACUUUUGAAGUUAUAGCUCAUCAAGGUCAAACUCUCUUCAAAAACUGAUUUUGUUAGGUUUGUCAUCCUAAAGAACCCAGAUGUUUCUUUGAAAUCAGAAACCACAAGUUAUACCAUAAAUUUUACUUCUUUGUAGAUUUACAUAGCUUCAACUAGUAAUAAUUUUACCAUGACUUGAAACUUUCAAAAAAGGCAAAUCAAUUCAUCAUUUUUAUUCUACUUAUCAAUUCCAUUCAUCAAAAAAAAAGAUUAUGAAGUUUUCGAUCAAAAAUAUGUUACCUCUGUUUUUCAUUUUCCUCCACUGGAUUUCGUUGACCGACGGUGGUUGCCAGUUUGACCCGAUUCUCCAGACCAAACACUCAGCAAUCAUUCAAUAUUCUUUGUCCAACUUUGUGGUUUCCCUGAUGAAGGCCUUCAACUACCCCCCGACAGUGACUCACGAUGGAUAUAACUACACAGACUACGACUACGGCUUCUCCUACAACUUCAGAAAAGUAGCUCCACACGUUGAUCUGAACGACGCGUCAAUCAACUAUUUCUACCUUGGUCCCCACCCAGCCAGUCUGCUUCUGGUCAUCUCCGGCACCAGAUACCUCCACCCCCUGCAAACAAUGAGAUCCACACACCCAGAUGCAGAUGAGCCCCCCAAUCGGAUUCUGAGGGCCACUCGGGUGGUGUGGCGGGAGAUGGAGGGACAGGUGUUCAAGAACGUCACCGAUGAGAUACUGGAGGAUCCAGAACACUACAUAGAACAGACUAUCAAACUGAAGAAUGACGCGAAAGGAAGUCUGUUAUUCCUGGUGAGCAGAUACGACCAGGCUGACAGUAUGUAUAUGUCCUUCACAGAAGAUGCUGGGAAAAGCUACAAGCGCAGGAAUAUCCCCCACCAUGUGAAGCAGAAACUGAGCAGUCUCGCGUUCUACAGAAGGUCUGACGCCUUGCAGCCCAGCCCCUCAUCCAUGCAACGCCUUCUUGCAGCCAACACCUUCUUCACUCUGGACGGGGGAGAGACUUGGAAGGAGAUUCUGAGCAGGGGCUACUUCCCCUCAUACCAGCAGAAGCCACACAAGACUGUGUGGAUCAAUGACACUACUAUACUCACUUCCACUCACACUUCAUAUGGUAUCUCGCUGCACAGAUGUGACCUUGAGAAGCACAGGUGUCGCAUGCUGCUGUACAAUAUAAAGAACUUCGUUGUGCGAGACAGAGUGAUAGUUGCCAGUAUAUAUCACGACAUACACAACCCAUUUAACAGGUCACUCUACACCAGCACAGACGCGGGGGAUGUGUGGAACAGGGCACAGGUUGACUCGUUCAAGCAGCACCACAAGCCAUACGUGUAUCUCAUGUCACCUACCCUCUCGUUUUUGACCCUGCUGGAUGAGAAUGAGUCAUGCUAUGACCUCUACGUCUCAGACUCAGCUCACGUCUCAUACUCAUUAAGCAUGAAAAAUCUACACCAGGAGAAACUGGUAAGGGGCAGGGUUGGUGUGGAGCGAUUAGGCAGUCUGGAGAGUGUGUUUGUCGUGAACAAAGUGGAAAAAGGGUCCGACUUCCCCGUCAUGUUCAUCACGAGAAACAACGGAGGUUCGUGGCACCGUGCAUCAGUAAACCACACCCCGUGUUCCAGAUGUAUGUCCAUGAUGGACUCUGAGACUGGCAGGACACUGGGGUUCGACUACACCGAUAGUUACUCAGACAAGACAAGGGCAUACGACUACGACUACACUUCUGGUGGUACUGGAGGAAACAGUCGAGACAAUUUCUACCACGUGGCCACUAUGCUGUCCCACAAGAACAUCCCCGGAUUCGCCCUCUCCUACAUUGAGAAGUCAGACGAGAAGAGACCAUUCGCGUUCGCCACAGUUGAUGCUGGAAAAGAGUUCUUCGCCAUUCCCAACCGGGGAUCUCAACACUUUUCAUUCCUGGUGGACGGGGAUGUUUUGGUGGACUUCGGGAGUGUCUCAUCUCUUUCUCUCUCGUGGGACAGGGGUCACUGCUGGUACAACUACUCCCUACCCCCCAUUCCCUCUUCAGAGAGGGUGAUGAUCAUCACUAAUUCAGCUGACCCCGAGCACUCGUCGGUGGAGUUGCUGGUGUUCGAGGGGGUCAAUGACUUCAUCACUCUCGGCUUGGAGACCUGGAAGACACUGCAGAUCCCAAUUAGGAGAUUCCAGAUUCGCAGUUACAUAAUCAAUAUGGAGACACUUGCAAAGGAAGUUUCCACUUGCAGUUCAGAUGACGUGCACACAGAAGAGGAGAAAGCGUGUGUGUUAGGAGAGCAGAUGUCCUACAGACGGCCGAAGGAGGGCGCCCAGACAUGCAAAUUGCACAGUUCAGAUGAGGGACACACACAUGAAGCUUGUGAGUGCACAGAUGAAGAUUUCGAAUGCGACUUUGGCUUCGAGCGAGAAGAAAAAGAAAACUCCGAUUCCUCCGACGACGCGGAAACUUUAUCCUGCAAACCUCUUCACAUGUCGGAAAUGAACACGACUUCCAUCUGUUUUCACAAGCUGUAUCUCGAACAUCAGAAGUUUUUCAAUACAACGGGGUACAGAAAAAUCGCUUCUGAUAAUUGCAAGGGGGGCAGAGAGAAGUACUUCAACGAUCUGAAAACUUACCCAUUUGAAAUUCUAUGCACUAAAGAAGAUUAUUAUGUCGCAGGUCAAGACAAGUUGGUUCAGAAAGCACAAGGAAGCUCAAAUAUCGGAAUCGUGCUCGGAAUUCUGAUGUUUAUUGUAUUUAUAUUAUGUACUGGAUUAUUUGUUGUUUAUCUUGUCAAGGUGAAAAAGUAUAGAAUCAAAUUGCCUUCCGUUUCAAUGCCGAAUUUCCGGUCCUUUGCAUCUGAUUUUGGAUUCAAUAAAUUCCAAAACGAAGUUUAACUCGAUUAAAGUUAAGAUUUAGUACUAUUAGUUGAUGUGUUUAUUAACUUGAUUUAGCUUCAAUGUGUAUUUUGUUGUAAUUA